UUUCGUAUUUCGAAUCCGUCAUAUAUACGGGCACGUAGCUCUCGGAGAUAAUUUUCAAAUCUGACGAUAGAAAUAAAUGUUUAUUUCUUAAUAAAUGUCUUAUUUCGCGAGUGACGAAGAUCUGAGGAACGAGACGCAGCGGUGAGAGGACCGUGUACCAGAAUUAUCCGUGUACCAGAGGAACUUCGUCUGGAGGAUUGUGCCAUUUGUCGUCAUUGCUACGAACAUACAUAUGUGAAUGUAAACAGUGUGCGAUCUGUUCACAGUAUCCCCACCUUUUUAGGUCUUAAUAUAAUAUUUGGCAGCCAAGUACCGGUCCUUUUUGUCCUUUCCUGUCUCGUGAAUUUUCCGCAACGAUAACGACUGAUUGCAACUUUCAUUUCUUGUUAUACAAAUAUUAUUGAGACGAAUUAGCAAUCAUGAAGCAACUAGAAGUUUUAAAUGGAUAUUAUACUAAUCUAGAUUACGAUAUCGACAAAGAAAAAGCACUGGAAAAAAUAUGUAAUCUAUCUAAGACAGUAAGGUUUGAUGAAAGCGUUUUUUUUGUAGAGAGACUGGAGGCACUGGCGAAUAUAAUACAAGAUAAUAUAUCGUUUUUUAAAUCUGUUUGUAGACACGUAGAUACAAUUGAUACCAUUUUAGAGCAUUUAACUAAUGCUGGAGACUCGAUGUCUCAAGAAAUGUCCGAAACUGAUAGUAUAAUGAUCUUUAACAGAAUGUUAUAUACGGUUCUCAAUAUAUGUGGCCUAUCUGCAAUACGAUUAUUUUUCAUACGUACUCUCCUCAAUGAUGUCUUACCUCACAAAGACAGUUAUAAACAAAUAUCAUAUUGGCAAAUUUCAGAUUGUAUAGUGACACAAAUGAUAAUUCUAGAGGAUUCAGAUUUGUACGCAGUUAUUAGUUAUUUAAUAAUAACAGACAAAUUCCCUUUACAUAAAAUAUGGGUGCAAAAACAAGUGAAAGGAAAGUUUGAAUGGCUUAUGAAGAGACAUUACUCUGACAUUACGGCUUAUAAAAAGAUAUUACUCAUUAUUGAUACAUUUCAAUCAUUCAAAGAUAUUCAACUCCAUGAAUGUGCGACUGACAUAAAUAUAGUAUCUAUAUGGUCCGAAGAUAUUAUAGCUGCGAAGAAUUUAGCGUUGUCUUUAAAUCCUUAUUAA